AUGUCAACCGCUACCACCACCACUACCUCAACCUCCACCACCAUCUCAACCUCCACCACCAUCUCAACCUCCACCACCACUUCAACCUCCGCCAACACCUCAACCGCUACCACCACCACUACGUCAACCUCCACCAACAUCUCAACCUCCACCACCAUCUCAACCGCUACUACCACCAUUCAACCUCCACCACCACCUUCUUGUUUUCUUUCAUUUGUUCUGGGUUUUUUUCUUCUUUUUGUUGUUGGCUUCCUAAAUUUCCUUUUUAUUCUCUUCUUUUUUUACCACCUUUCUUUCUUUGAAACUUUCUUUCUCUCUUUCUAUUUAUGUUUUCGUUUUAUACUCUACCAUAUUUUAUUUCGUAUUUACACUUCGAUUUCAUCUUCUUUCUAUCUUAAUUUCUGUAUCCAUAUUUUGACUGCUUUUCCAUCUUCCUUCCUUUCUUUCAUUCUUCCUUCUUUUCUUUCAUUCUUUCUUCUUUUCUUUCUUUCAUUCUCCCUUUUUCUUUCUUACAUUCUCUCUUCCUUUCUCUCUUUCAUUCUUCCUUUCUUUCUUGCUUUCAUUCUUUCUUUUUCUUUCUUUUUUCUUACAUUCUUUCUUUAUUUUUCUUCUUUCUUUUCUUUCUUUUUUCUUUCCUUCUUUUUCCUUUCUUUCUUUCUUUCUUUCUUACUUCCUUUCUUCCUUUAA